CCCAUCGGCCGCGCCGCUCUCCCCGUGACGCCGCCGCCCGCCCGGGAUGGAGCCCCUGCCGCUGGUCCUGCUGGUCCUGCUGCCGGGGCUGGUGGGCUCCCUGGCGCCGCCCGCCGCCCGCAUCUCGCGCCCCUUCGCCGAGGUGGACCGGAUGGUGCAGCGCUUUUCCAGCCAGGCGGCUUCCAACUACAGCGUGUUCCUGGUGGACCCCUCCUCCCGAGUGCUGUACGUGGGAGCCAAGGACGCCAUCUUUGCCCUGCACGUGGACAGCAUCACCCACGGAAGCAAGAGGGUCCCUUGGAAUGUGCUUCCAAACGCGCAGAACUCCUGCAGGAUGAAAGGCAAGAAGGAGGCCGAAUGCUACAACUUCGUCCGGAUCUUGGAGUUUGCAAACAAAACCCACCUCUUUGUCUGUGGGACUUUUGCCUUCGACCCGCAGUGUGGUUUCAUUAAAGUGAGUCAGCUCCACAGCGUUGAAAGCCUGGAGAGCGGCCGGGGGAAGUGCCCCUUUGAGCCCCAGCAGCCGUCCACAGCGGUCGUGGCAGAUGGCGUCUUGUAUGCAGCCACAGUCAACAAUUUCCUGGGGACGGAGCCCAUCAUCUCCAGAGCCACAGGAAACCCCUCAGAGCUGAUCCGGACAGACAAUUCCGUGGCAUGGCUGAAUGAUCCCGAGUUCGUGGCCUCUGCUUUCAUACGGGAGAGCAGGAAUGGUGACGAUGAUAAGGUCUACUUCUUCUUCACGGAGACGGCCAGGGAAUAUGACUUCUACGAGAAAGUCAAGGUGGCUCGGGUGGCCAGAGUCUGCAAGGGGGACUUGGGAGGCCAGAAGACCCUGCAGAAGAAGUGGACCACCUUCUUGAAGGCUCGCUUGGUCUGCUCAGAUCCAGAGACCGGAACCGUCUUCAACAUUCUCAAGGAUGUGGUCACUCUGCCCGCUGCCAACUGGACAGGCACCGUCUUCUAUGGAGUCUUUGCCUCCCAAAGGCACGAGGGAACAGGCUCUGCCGUUUGUGCCUAUAGCAUGGAGAGCAUCCGGGCGGCCAUGGAGGGGCGCUUCAAGGAGUUCAAGAGGGAUUGCGACGCCCGGAUGCCGGAUGAUGUCCCUUCCCCUCGGCCAGGGGCAUGCGUCACCAGCAGCAUGAAGUUGGCUGGCGUCAGGUCCUCACUGGGCCUCCCAGACCGUGUCCUGACGUUCAUCCGUGACCACCCGCUGAUGGAGCAGCCAGUCUACCCCCUGCAGAACAGGCCUGUGUUAGUGAAGAUGGACACGCAGUACCGCCGGUUGGCAGUUCACCGGGCCAGAGCUCUUUCCGGGCAGGAGCACGACAUUCUGUACCUGGGGACAGAGGAUGGACACUUGCACAAGGCCGUGAAGAUUGGCCCUGAAGCGUCCCUCGUUGAGGACUUGACCCUGUUCAUGGAGCAGCAGCCAAUCCGGAACCUGCUCAUCCAUCAGAAUUGGCUUUAUGUGGCCUCUGACAGCGAAGUCACCCAGAUCAGCACCUCCAGCUGUGCCUUGUACAAGACCUGCCCAGACUGUCUUUUGGCCAGAGACCCGUCUUGCGCCUGGAGCCAGGAGAUGGGGGCAUGCAGAGACCACCACGGGCACGUGGGGCUGCUCCAGGACCUGACAGCGGCAAACGUGCUGUUGCUGUGCUCUCCGGAGAAGGAAGAGGCGCCCCCCAUUGUUGAAGUGCCAGCUCUGCUGACCGCCCACAUGGUCCUGCCCUGCACCCCUCGCUCCGCGUGGGCCAGCUGUGAGUGGCAGAGACCCUCCCUGGAGGCCGCCCCCUAUGUCUUGCGUGACGAUGGACUGGAGCUGACUGUGACGGAGGACACGCUGGGGGAAUACACGUGCCGGUGUGCAGAGGCUGGCGUGAACGGCAUGGUCGCCUCCUACAGCCUGGUGAACGCGGCCCGGAACGGCCCCAGCGCCUCAAAGUCGGCCGAGCGCAGCUACAGCGUCCUGGUGGGAAUCUUCUGCUUCAUCUUGGGGGUUGUCGUCAGCAGCGCCUGCCUCCUCCUGCACGAGCGCCGGCGGCGGGAGCGGCUGCAGCGGGAGCUGAUCUGCCGGGAGCGCAACGGGCUGGACCUGAUGCAGUCAGCCGCCACCAGCUGCAGCCACGACCCACAGACUCCCAGCUCUCCGGAGGAUGAGCGCCACCCACUGGCCACAGCCAAGAAGAACGGCAGCCUCAACGGCUACCCCCACCUCUACAUCAACGAGCUGGACACAGAGCAAGCCCGCAUCUACUUGACGGGGGUCCCCCUGGCCAAGUGUGAUGAGACCUCCAUUUAGAAAGGCCUGGUGCUUCCACUCUUGCUGGGGCCCCCGUGGGGCCUGCACCUGGAGCGGGAUCGGCAAACGUCCGCUGCUUCCGUGCACUCUGCUGGCCAGGCCCUCUCCCUGGGCCCAUGUCGCAGUGUUAGGUGGCCUCAGGUAAGUUCCUAGCAGCAGGGAGCCCCAACCAAAGAUGGAUUUUGCGGAGUGGGCCAGGGGCUCCUUGGCUGGCCCUGUUCAAACUCUUCAGAGUUCUGUAGAGAGCGGAGGGGCUGCAGCAGCAGCAGCAGCUGGCUGGGCUUGGUCUGAAAUCUGCUGGACUGAUGCCCUCCCUUCCACCAACGGAGCUCUCGGGAGGGCCUCCUGCCGCCUCCUGCAAGAGCAGGCCGGCCUCGUGUGUUCCUGGGCAGCCAAGACUGUCCCGAGAAGCCAAUUCCCCCGGAGCCCAACUUGUCUGCGAACGGAUGGCUGGCAAAGAGGACCCCUCCAGAGCUGGCCAAACCCCCUUCUGGCUACCUCCACACCAGUCCCUGCAGCCAGUGUUGCUGCCCCGUUGCCUGGCUUAAUCUGACCACUUGUAAUUGUGAAGGAAUGUGCCGAUUGGGGACUUCCUCCCUAACUGAUUGAGACCUCUUGGAGACUGGCUUUCUGCCCCCCAUCCCCCCCGAGCAGGCAUGGACAGUGUUACUCCCUGCUGUGCAUUCUGCUGCCCCCCCCCCCCAGUGCACUGGCUGCUUCCCUCCCCGUCCCCCUGCCCUGAUGGCCCUCAGGACAAGAAGCUGGGCAGAGGGACACCUUCCUUUAAAACAGGUCUUGUGUCCUCUUUGCGUGAUGUUUUUGUUGUUGUACUUCUACAUUUUGUGACUUAUUAAAAAAACAAAACCGA